AGGGGCAUCUCGGGGCCUUCCCAGCCCACAGGGUCUCCUGGGGGCGCCGGUUGGAGACCAUCGCUAUUUAUGGUCUUCCGGAACGAGCGAAGCUGUGAGCAUUUGCCCCCCGAUCUGCUGGAGGAAGCAUCCUGCCGACAUCCGGAACAGCUCAAAACUCUGCCUGCUAGCCACAGAACCCCACCCUCUUCUCCGAAAAGGAACCUUCCGUGUCGGGUUGAGUCAUCCCUCCUUGCUCUGCCAGUGAGUCCUAGCCGCCCGUGGGGACCCUGAUCCUCUCCGUCUGCUUCUGCCAGGGGCCGGGCAGCCUCCCUUCUCCAGGAAGGAUGGCCGAGCAAGAGAGCUUCGAGUUCGGGAAGGCGGAUUUUGUCCUCCUGGACCGCGUGACCAUGGAGGACUUCACAGGCAACCUGAAGCUCAGGUUUGAGAAGGGGCGCAUAUACACCUACAUCGGGGAGGUGGUGGUCUCCAUGAACCCCUACAAGCAGAUGGAGCUCUACGGGAAGGACGUCAUUGAGCAGUACCGGGGCCGAGAGCUGUACGAGAGGCCCCCCCACCUGUACGCAGUGGCCGACGCGGCCUACAAGGCCAUGAAGCGUCGAGCCAAGGAUACCUGCAUCGUCAUCUCAGGCGAGAGCGGCGCGGGGAAGACGGAGGCCAGCAAGUACAUCAUGCACUACAUCGCCGCCAUCACGAAUCCCACCCAGAGGGCUGAGGUGGAAAGGGUGAAGAACGUUUUGCUCCAGUCCAACUGUGUCCUGGAGGCGUUUGGCAACGCCAAGACCAACCGCAACGACAACUCCAGCCGGUUUGGGAAAUACAUGGACAUCAACUUCGACUUCAAAGGGGACCCCACGGGCGGGCACAUCAACAACUAUCUUCUUGAGAAGUCUCGCAUCAUUAAACAGCAACCGGGCGAAAGGAACUUCCAUGCUUUCUAUCAGCUGCUCCUCGGCGCCUCGGACGCUUCGCUGCGUUCUCUCCACCUCUGCAAGGAUCCCUCCAGCUACAGGUUCACUAGAGAGGGCACCGACAGCCAUUCCUUGGACAGCGAUAGAUCCAACUAUCAAGCCGUUGCCAAUGCCAUGAAGGUGAUCGGGUUCACUUCCGACGAGAUGGCAUCCAUCUACAAGAUCCUGGCGGCCAUCUUACACUUGGGCAACGUGACCUUCGUGGCCACGGAAGACGACAUGGAGGUCGAGGACAGCCAGCUGCUGUCCCACCUGGCAGAGCUGACCUCCACGGAGCCCGAGAGCCUCCGGAAGACGCUGCUGCACCGGACAGUGGCCGCGGGGGGCGGAGAGGUCAUCCAGAAGCGCCACAGCACCAACGAGGCCAACUAUGCCCGGGAUGCGUGUGCCAAGGCCAUUUACGAGCGGCUUUUCUGCUGGAUCGUGGCCCGUAUCAAUGCAGUCAUUGAGGUAAAGGACUACGAUGCCCGGAUCCAUGGCAAGAAUACGGUGAUCGGCGUCCUGGACAUAUAUGGCUUUGAGAUCUUUGACAACAACAGCUUUGAGCAGUUCUGCAUCAACUACUGCAACGAGAAGCUGCAGCAGCUGUUCAUCGAGCUGAUCCUGCGUCAGGAGCAGGCGGAGUACCAGCGGGAGGGCAUCCGAUGGCAGCACAUCGAGUAUUUCAACAACCAAAUCAUCGUGGAUCUGGUGGAGGAGGCGCACAAGGGCAUCAUAGCCAUCUUGGACGAGGCUUGUCUGACGGCGGGGCAGGUCACCGAUGCCCUCUUCCUGGAGUCCAUGAACGCCCGGCUCGGCAAGCAUCCCCACUACGCCAGCAGGAAGGUCAACCCGACCGACAAGACCAUGGAGUUCGGGCGGGACUUCCGGAUCAAGCACUAUGCGGGCGACGUGACGUACUCCGUGGAGGGCUUCCUGGACAAGAACAAGGACACCCUCUUCCAGGACUUCAAGCGGCUGAUGUACAACAGCGCAGACCCCGUCCUACGAGAGAUGUGGCCGGAGGGGAAGCAGAGCAUCAUGGAGGUGACCAAGCGGCCCCUGACGGCGGCCACGCUCUUCAAAGUCUCCAUCGUGGCCUUGGUGGACAACCUGGCCUGCAAGGAGCCGUACUACGUCCGGUGCAUCAAGCCAAACGACCUGAAGUCCCCGCUGCUCUUCGACGAGGAGCGCUGCCGGCACCAGGUGGCUUACCUGGGGCUGCUGGAGAACGUGCGCGUGCGCCGGGCUGGGUUCGCCUACCGGCAGCCCUAUGACCGCUUCCUGCUCAGGUACAAGAUGACCUGUGAGUACACGUGGCCCAACCACCUCAUGGCCACGGACCGCGAGGCCACGCAGGCCCUGAUCGAGCAGCACGGCUUCCAGGACGACGUGGCCUACGGCCACUCCAAGAUCUUCAUCCGCACGCCCCGGACGCUCUUCACGCUGGAGCAGGCGAGGGCUCAGCUGGUCCCCAUUAUUGUCCUGCUGCUGCAGAAGGCCUGGAGGGGAGCCCUGGCCCGCAAGCGCUGCCGGUACCUGCGGGCCGCCUACACGAUCAUGGCCUACUUCAGGCGCCACAAGGUGAAGUCGCACCUGCGGGAGCUGCUGCUCAGCUUCCAGGCUGUGCGCAGCAUGCCGGACUACGGCAAGGGAGUGGAGUGGCCGGAGCCCCCCGCCGUGCUGGCCCAGUUCCAGGAGAGCAGCAAGCUCAUUUUCCGCAGGUAA